AUGACUUCAAGCGAAAUAACCAGACCGUUGCAUGAACUUUUUGCAAAGAUUUAUCAGACGGAGAGAGAAAGCCUUGAAUCUCAACAGAAAAUACGAGAUGUCAAAAAGCGAAUAAACACUGUCAAAAUGAAUAUCCACAAAAUCAAGCAAAAUAUGCAUGAAAAAGAUAUGGAAAUGGCGGAACAGAAUGUGAAACUAGCUCUAGUUCAGAGCCAACUAAACAUUGCCCUGGCCAAAAAGAAGGCCCUUGCUGAAAUCCUUCAUAAACUGGAAGCAGAUUGUACAGCCAAAGUUAGAGAAAGGGAUCAUCUUCGAGAACAAUAUAACAAUAGGCACAAUGCAUUUUGCGAGCUCGUCGAAAAUCUUGAAUCGCUUUACCAGAGACAUGUACAUGAACAGAUGAAGAAAACGGGAACCGCACUACCGACAACUCCAAGGUUCCGCUCUGUUCACUUUCGUGAAUCAGCGCUCGCACAGAAAUCACGGCUACCCCAUUCUACUGUUAAACCUUUUUGUAAGCAAUAA